AUGGACUUUGAGGACGUGGCCAUUGCCUUCUCUCAGAAGGAGUGGCAGCUCCUUGAUGAGGCUCAGAGACUUCUGUGCUGCGAGGUGAUGCUGGAAGUGUUUGCACUGGUCUCAUCUGUAGGUUGUGGGCAUAAAACAGAUGAUGCGGAGACAUGUUCUGAGCAGAGUGUAUCUGUACAAGGGGAGUCACAAGUCAGUGCUUCUAAGACAGCUCCAGCAAUCCAGAGGACCCAUCCCUGCCGGAGGUGUUUCUUGUUUUUAAAAGAUAUUCUGCACCUGAGUGAGUUACAAGCAGUAGACUUUGAGCAGAAAGCCUUCUUCAGUGAUGCAUGUGUGAGAGACUUCUGUUUCAGUGCAAACCCUCACCAGCCACAGAGGGAAGCCAGUGGAGAGAAGCCCUGGACAGAAGCUGUGGACGGGGCCUCGUUUGUGACCAGGUUCAGUUUCUACUUAUCAGGGCUGCCUUCAACCAGUAAGGAACUUGGGGAAGACUUCCCAGCCAUCUCAGAGCCUUGCCAGCACCAGGCCCCUCCCAACACUGAGGAUCCACACAGUGGCAGUGAGAUUUUCCAGAAAUUUCUCAAUAGAAAAAGACAUCACCAAUGGGAUGAAUGUGAAAAAGCUGCCAGCCAUAGCCAGAACCUUGUUCAACGUCAGGGAGACUGCUCUGGAAUAAAAUCGUAUGAGUGUAGUGAAUGUGGGAAGGCAUUCAGGAAAAAAGCUCACCUCACCAAACACCGCAGAGUUCACACUGGAGAAAAGCCUUACAAAUGCAGUCAAUGUGGAAAGUCAUUUACCUCCAAUUAUUACCUCUUUAUCCACAAGAGAGUUCACACUGGAGAAAAGCCUUACAAAUGCGGUGAAUGUGGAAAGUCAUUUAGCCGCAGUUCUGUCCUCUUCACCCACCAGAGAGUUCACACUGGAGAAAAGCCAUACCAAUGUAGUGAUUGUGGGAUGUCCUUCAGUCAGUACUCUAACUUAAGCAGACAUCGUAAAAUUCACACUGAAGAAAAACCUUACGAGUGCCGUGAAUGUGGGAAGUCCUUCCAUCGUAGGUCUUCCCUCACUAAACACAGCAAGGUUCACACUGGAGAAAAACCAUAUAAGUGUAGUGAAUGUGGUAAAUAUUUUAAGGAAACUACACACCUUGUUAUGCACAAGAGAGUUCAUACCGGAGAAAAGCCACAUCAAUGUACUGAUUGUGGAAAGUACUUUAGUCGAAGCGGUGGCCUCAUUCAACACCUCAGAGUUCACACGGGUGAAAAACCUUAUGAGUGUAGUGAUUGUGGGAAGUGCUUCAGUCAAAGCUGCAGCCUCGUUCAACACCUCAGAGUUCACACUGGUGAAAAACCUUACGAGUGUAGUGAUUGUGGGAAGUGUUUCAGUCAAAGCUGUAACCUCAUUCACCACCUCAGAGUUCACACCGGUGAAAGACCGUAA